CCUCUUCCGGUCCGAAAGUGGCCGAGCGCGGCCGGACGCACGAGUCGGGCCUCGGCCGGUGCUCGGACGCCGCUCCCGGUCGGCUUCCUUCGGGCGCACGAAGAUGGCCGAGGCCGCGCGGGGGCUGCCGGGAGCGCGGAGGAGCCCGCAAGAUGGCGGCCGCGCGGCGAGGACAAGGCUCUUGUGAGGUGCUCUCCUCCGUCCCUCUGCAAGCUCUCUUCUGCCUCAGCGGCCUGUUCUCCGUGCUCUACUUCCCAGCCACCCUGCUGCUCAUCCUCUAUAAGAGCCAGACCUUCAGCUACCCCUGCAGCUUCCUGCUGCUGGACUUGGGCCUGCUGUGCACCAUGGGGCUGCUGGAAGUGCUACGGCUGUACCUGGGCACCAAAGGCAACCUGACUGAGGCCGAGGGGCCACUGGCUGCCAGCCUGGUGCUCACUGCAGGCAAUGCCCUCCUCGCUGUCCACUUCCUGUUCUGGCAGACCCUGGUGCUGCGGGCAGACUCGGUCCUGGGUGCUGUGCUCCUGGCGCUGCACGGCCUGGAGGCUAUCCUACAAGUACUAGUCAUCGCUGGCCUCAUCAGAUAGCUGCCAGCUGGCCACAGCGCCCCACUCUGCUCCUCAGAUGCCUGCGGCCACUGCCCCCACUCAGCCCUUGUCCAUGGCUGCCGCAGCCCCACAGCCCGCUCCUGGGACACCUGCGGCCACUGCCCCCACUCAGCCCUUGUCCACGGCUGCCACAGCCCCACAGCCCGCUCCUGGGACACCUGCGGCCACUGCCCCCACUCAGCCC